GCCCCGUACCCAGUUCCUAAGCUCUGGACCACUCCCUUGAAGUGAACAAGAUCAUCACUUUGGUAGCCCGCACUUUCAUCCUUUAUCGGAGCCUCAGCUAUCAUCAUGGCUACUCGCACACUGGAGGCUCGCUUCGAGCACAUGUCAGUCAACGACAAUGGGUUCCAGAAGGCCAAGCCCACCCAACUCGCCCACUCCUCGAGCCGGCCCAAUCUCUUCAAGGUUGCUCUUCAGUCACAAAAACCAAAUGCUGUCACCACCACCACUACCGUAACUCUUCCCUCUCAAGCAGCACAAUGGAAGGGUUCCAGUGCGCAAGCCAACGGUCCGGCAUCACCAGGCAAGAGGGACAUGUCAGGGACGUCGUCCCGCAGCUCCGACGAGCUGGCACUCGCCGAGCGCGCGUCGGCCGCCUACGUCGACCAGCCCCUUGUCCCUAAGCAGUUCCACCUCGGGAUGUUCGAGAUCGGCCGGCCGCUCGGCAAGGGCAAGUUCGGGCGGGUGUACCUCGCGCGCGAGCGCAACACGGGGUUCGUGUGCGCGCUCAAGACGCUGUACAAGGCGGAGCUGCAAAGCUCGGGGGCCGAAGGCCAGGUCCGGCGCGAGGUGGAGAUCCAGAGUAACCUCCGGCACCCCAACAUCCUCAAGCUGUACGGCCACUUCCACGACAGCAAGCGCAUCUUCCUCAUCCUGGAGUUCGCCGGGAAGGGCGAGCUGUACAAGCACCUGAGGCGGGAGAACCGGUUCCCCGAGUGGAAGGCAGCCCACUACAUCGCCCAGUGCGCCGCCGCGCUGAGGUACCUCCACCGCAAGCACGUCAUCCACCGGGACAUCAAGCCCGAGAACAUCCUGCUCGGCAUCCACGGCGAGAUCAAGAUUGCCGACUUUGGCUGGAGCGUCCACGCCCCGAGCAGGAGGCGGCAGACGCUCUGCGGCACCCUAGACUACCUCCCGCCCGAGAUGAUCGUCAAGACGAGCAAGGAUGGGUCGUAUAACGAGAAGGUCGACCUGUGGAGCCUGGGAGUGCUGACGUACGAGUUUCUGGUGGGCGAGGCGCCCUUCGAGGACACCAAAGUUAUGACCCAGAAGAGAAUUGCAAGGGCCGACAUGACCAUCCCGUCAUUCGUCAGCCCCGAGGCUAGGGACCUCAUCAAGAAGCUUCUGGUUCUCGACCCCGAGAAGAGACUUCCCCUAGAGGAUGUCCAGCAGCAUCCGUGGAUAUUGAAGCACUGCGCAAAGGGAAACCGGACGGGUAAUCCCGAUCAAGUGGCAGGGAGAACUGGGAGCUGAGUGAGCAGUCAAUGAUCUGACGACUUGAUGGGAAACCGCAGGAGUUGAUGGGCGUUCAUGGCCGGGGGUUUAUUGGUGUUUGAUGAACUAUUACAAUUUGCAUAUGCUGAAGCCGGCCCUCUCUCUACCUCUAUCCGUCUUUUUGUCUCAAUACAUGAGCAUGGUAUCAUGGGUCUCUGGAGAUUUCAUUAUAAAUAAUACAGGAGCCAGUCAUUGACUUGAUCGAGGUGCCCAAAGUCCUUAGCGAUA